AUGGAGCACCAGGGCCCGGGCGAUGUGAUCGUCCAGGUGAACGCUGCCGCUGUCGCGGCCGUCGACGAGAUCAGCUCGGCGAGCCAGGAGGAGGUGGCUCCCGCUGGGGACGACGGCAAGGCCGGCGUCGGCCUCACCCGCCGGACCUUCAGCGAGUCCUACAAGAUGAAGCACCGUCAUCCUCUGGAGUUCACCAAGUGGCAGGUGGCGCUGCUGAGCUACCAGUCGCUGGGCGUGGUGUACGGCGACAUCGGGACGUCGCCGCUGUACACGUUCUCGUCCUUCACCCUGCCGGACCCCUGCGAGGAGGACUUCCUCGGCAUCCUCAGCCUCAUCCUCUGGACGCUCACCCUGAUCAGCCUCGUCAAGUACGUCUUCAUCGUGCUCCAUGCAGACGACCACGGAGAAGGUGGAACCUUUGCCCUGUACUCGCUCUUGCGUCAACAUGUUUAUUUCAACGGGAAGACGAUGCCGAUGCCGGUCACGCGGUUGGCAUCUGAUAUCAAUCUCAAGUUCCACAGUAAGAAGAGCAGUCUUCAACCUAGGAUGCAGAAGUUCUUGGAAGGAAGCGCAAUUGCACAGGUAGUCAUUACCUACCUUGUGUUGGUUGGGACUUGCAUGGUGAUGGGUGAUGGUGCCCUCACUCCAUCCAUCUCAGUUCUGUCAGCUGUUCAAGGAAUCCAAUCAAGAUCUUCUAGCAUUACACAAGAUCAUGUUGUCAUCCUAUGUGUGAUUAUCCUGGUCCUCCUUUUCUUUUUCCAACAAUAUGGUACAAGCAAAGUCAGCUUCACCUUUUCCCCCAUUAUGCUUGUGUGGUUCACAUUAAUUUCAUCCAUUGGACUGUACAAUAUUAUCAAGUACUAUCCACCAGUUCUGAAAGCUGUGUCACCACAUUACAUAUACAUUUUCUUUGCGAAGAACAAAAGAACAGGCUGGGAGCAAUUUGGAACAGUUGUUUUGUGCAUAACAGGUGCUGAAGCUAUGUUUGCUGACUUGGGUCAUUUCAACAAAUUAUCAAUCCAGAUGGCGUUCUCAUUCCUAGUUUAUCCAUCUUUGAUCCUUGCAUAUGCUGGCCAAGCAGCAUUUUUGAUCAAGAACCCAUCUAAGCUUAGCACAACAUUUUACAGUAGUACACCAGAGCCAUUGUUUUGGCCCAUGUUUGUCGUAGCUACUCUGGCUGCCAUCGUUGCAAGCCAGGCAUUGAUAUCUGCCAGUUUCUCCAUCAUCAGGCAAUCAAUUGCUUUAGGUUGUUUUCCUAGAGUCACCAUGAAGCAUACCUCAGAAAAAUACGAAGGCCAAGUAUACUCUCCAGAGAUCAACUACUUUUUGUUGAUCGUUUGUAUCUUGAUUACUGUUGGUUUUAAGGGUGGACCAGAGAUUGGGCAAGCCUAUGGUGUCGCAGUGAUAUGGGUUAUGCUUAUUACAACACACUUGAUGACAGUGGUCAUGGUUAUAAUCUGGCAAGUUAAUAUCGCACUAGCUGGGUCAUUUUAUGUUGUCUACUCUACCCUUGAAGGCCUUAUCACGAUAUCACUUCUAUACAAGAUUGCACAAGGUGGCUGGGUUCCCUUUGCAAUUACUGCAUUUUUCCUUAUAAUUACACUUUCUUGGACUUAUGGGCGAAGCAAGAAGCAUGAAUAUGAAGCGAACAACUUGAUGGAUAAGCAGGAAUUCAUUAAAACAGUAACUAUGAGCAACAGAGUACCAGGAACAUGCAUCUUUUACACAGACUUGAUGAAUGGCAUCCCACCAAUUGUGCGCCACUAUUUUCAGCAUAUGGGUUGCCUCCACGAACUGAUGGUGUUUGUCACUGUGAGGUCUCUUCCCGUGAGAUCUGUCCUUCCUGAAGAGCGGUUCCUCAUAGACAAACUAGAGCCUGUCGGUGUUUACAGGUGCAUAGUCCAAUAUGGCUAUAUGGACAUUCAGAAUAUGGAGGAUGAUGAAUAUGUUGCAUCAGUUAUUGCAUCCCUCAAAGAAAUAGCUGAAAAUGAUGAUGAGAUCACCUUGCUGGAUUCAGCCUGGGCAAAUGGAUCAAUAUUUGUGUUUGGAAGGAUUAUUCUAAAGAUGAGUACCAGGCACAACUGUUUCAAGCGCUUUGUUAUUAACAACCUUUACAGGUUCCUGCAAAAGAACUUCAGGUCCAACAUUUCCAGUCUAAAGAUAGCUCCGGGCAAAACCUUGCAGAUUGGAAUGCAAUAUGAGAUUUGA